UGUGACGUCAAUACCAGCUUCCGGGGUAAACGGAAAGCAGCAGAACGUCAAGUGUGCUAACUGUCGUGAAAGCACAUCGGCGGAGAAAGACGUUAGCAGGACGCUCAUAAAUCAGUCUUAUUAUUUGUUCUCCAGUUUGAAAUAUUUGCGGCGUAUCAAAUACAUAUUUGAUUCUUUAUUUAAGGAUCAAGUCGUCUCGAUGCGUCUGAAGCACUGUGCCGCUUCUCGUGCUAUCUUUGCUUGUUAAUGUGCUUAGCUUGCUAGUUAGCUUAGCUUGUUAGCUGCUAACAAAGAGACGCGGACGUUAUCAACACAUCGCUAAGUAGGGAACUAUCGUGAGUGUAAAGUGUUGUGAUUGUGUGAAAAUGUGUGAAAGAACGAGAGCAAAGUAUGAGGAGGAACUUUGUCCAACAAAAGAGGAGAAGGACCGACAACAUCAACUACUGGACGCUGUUUUCAAGGAGCCUCAAGUUGUGUUACACAGAACAGACAUUGAUGAAGAACCUCUACUUCAUGAGCAGGAGGAGGAACCCCAGUGCCCCAACAUACAUGAGGAACAAAAGGUACCACAUUCCCAAAACAUUAAAGAGAGAGGAGAGCAGCCACAGCUCCCCCACUUUAAAGAGGAAGAUGAGACACCACAGACCCAUAGUGUUAAACUGACCCUUCACAUUAAAGGGCAAGCGGAGGACCCACUGAUCUUGCACAUCAAAAAUGAAGAGGAGGACCCACUGACCCCUCACUUUAAAAAGGAAGAGGAGAACCCACUGGCCCCCUACUUUAAAGAGGAAGAUGAGGACCAAGAGCCACCGCACAUUAAAGAGGAAGAGGAGGAACACCGCAUCAGUCAGCCUACAUGGUUGGUGGAGUUCCCAGUGACUGGUGUCCCUGUGAAGAGUGAAGAUGAGGUCAAAGGUGAAAGUGAGGAGAAGAGAGAGGCGGAGCCUCCAAGCAGCAGCUCAACACAACACAUGACAACAGAAGCUGAUGGAGACCACUGUGGAGGAUCACAAGCAGACAAGCUCUUAGCUCCACUAUCAGAUAGUGAGGACACAACGUCACACUCUCCUGACACUGAUGAUGAAGACUCUAAAGAUGAUAAGACAUGUCACACUGACAACACUCACUUCAAAUGUUCUCACUGUGACAAAACCUUUAAAUACCAUAGUUAUCUGAAAAGACACAUGAGUACACACACUGGAGAAAAACAUUUUACCUGUUCAAUCUGUAGUAAAGGUUUUUUAGAAAGUUGCAAUUUGAAAGUACACAUGAGAACACACACUGGUGAAAAACCUUUUUGUUGUUCACUCUGUGGUAAAGGUUUUACUCACAGUCAAAGUUUGAAAGUACACAUGAGAACACACACUGGUGAAAAACGUUUUUCCUGUUUAACCUGUGGUAAAGGUUUUACACAAAGUCAGAGUUUGAAAAAACACAUGAAAAUACACAGUGGAGAAAAACCUUUUUCUUGUUCAAUCUGUGGUAAAGGUUUUACAGAAAGUCAAUAUUUGAAAGUACACAAGAAAACACACACUCGUGAAAAACCUUUUUCCUGUUCAGUCUGUGGUAAAUGUUUUACACGAAGUCAGAAUGUGAAAAGACACAAGAGAAUACACACUAGCGAAAAAUCACAUUCCUGUUCAAUCUGCAACAGAAGCUAUUGUGACCGAUCAAACCUUGUAGUACACAGGAGAACACACCCAGGAGAGAAAGUGUUGAGUUGCAGUGUGUGUGGUGAAAGAUUCUCUUAUAAGUACCAGUGUAAGAAACACAAGUGUGCUGGUGAGAACAGCAGCAGCAAAUGAAACUGCAGGAUUUGAAAUAAACUGUCAAGACUUUAGUUUUGACUUUCUACAACAUCAGCACAUAUAACAUGUGUGACAUUGAUGUUUGUGUAACAAUCUUUUCAAUAUGCUUCUACAUUUAUAGAUUAGAUAGUUUGAAAUAUUGAAAUAUUACAUAUUUGUAUUUCUAAUAGUUAAUAAUCCCAUAGAUGAGCCCCUAUUUAUGAUAUACAUAUGUACUGGUUCACCUUUGAAACAUCUUUUGGACCACUUCGGGAAGCAUAUUAUUUACUUCAUACAUCAUUUGAAACGUUGUCUUUUAUACAAGUUUUAAAAAAAUGUGUGACUUUAUGAAUCAUUUGUUGGGUCCAUUUAAUUAAUUAUUUUUAUUACUCUCUUUUGUAAUAUGAUGAAUAUGUCAUGAUUAUUUUAUACGUAUGUUCCCAGACCUUUAUGCAAUAUGAAAGUGAAAGAAAAUGGCUGAAAUGUUUGUGGAAGGAUGUUUUUGUUUUUACAAACUUAUAUUUGUGGAUUAAAAAAAAAAAAAUCCCAUUGUUGUGUUUUAAAUAUUUGUUACGUUUUUGUUUUUUUUAACAUCCCCAAAACAAUAUAAAUCAAAUUUCGGAGUGUCAGGCAAAAGCCAAUAUUGAACAUUUACUUUGCAUACAUUCAUAAAAUAAACAGUUUAUUUUGUUUCCCUAGCACAGAACGAACAGGUGUUGUCUUCAAUUGCAAAACAACAUCCUAAAAAAUAUUUUAAGUGGUCUGUUCCGGUUUUUUUUUUUCUUAAAUGAACUCCUUUGCUUU